UGUUGCUGUUGUUGUUGUCAUCCACCUCCGGACUGACAGCACAGCCGCGGUCUGGGAAAAGAUGGCGUCCCGAGUCCUUCAAAAAGUGAGCCGCGGCCUUAAUGAGACGAAAAACGGGGUUCUGACGAACGGAGGAAUCCCAUUCGCCGCGAGGGGCUUUUCUGGUGUUCGUGAAGACAGCUGGUUCAAGUCUCUGUUUGUUCGAAAGGUUGACCCAAGAAAAGAUGCUCAUUCUCAUCUGCUCGCAAAGAAAGAAGACAACAAUCUCUACAAAAUACAGUUUCACAAUGUCAAGCCCGAAUGUCUCGAUGCUUACAAUGAACUUUGUGAGAAUGUCUUGCCCUCCAUUCACGCUAACCCUGAAUACCCCUGUGAGCUUGUUGGCACCUGGAACACGUGGUAUGGAGAGCAAGAUCAGGCAGUUCACCUGUGGAGAUAUCGGGGAGGAUACCCGGCUCUCACCGAAGUCAUGAACAAACUCAGGCAGAAUAAGGACUUUAUGGACUACAGGAGCGAGAGGGGAAAGAUGCUGCUGUCUCGUAGAAACCAGUUGCUGCUCGAGUUCAGUUUCUGGAAUGAACCCGUCCCUCGUUCAGGACCUAACAUCUAUGAGCUCAGGUCAUACCAACUCAGGCCUGGAACAAUGAUUGAAUGGGGAAACUACUGGGCGCGUGCUAUUGACAUUCGCCAGAAGAACCACGAGGCAGUCGGAGGCUUCUUCUCCCAGAUAGGAAGUCUGUACACGGUUCAUCAUUUAUGGGCUUAUAAAGAUCUGCAAUCCAGAGAAGACACCAGAAAUGCAGCUUGGAACCGUGAAGGCUGGGAUGAGGUUGUUUAUUACACUGUCCCUCUUAUUCAACACAUGGAAUCUAGAAUAAUGAUUCCCAUGAAGACUUCUCCCUUGAAGUAAUGAUGGUCAUGGGAAUAAUCUCUCAACAGCCAGUGCAACUACCACACAGAUCUGAAGAGAGUUUAACCAACCAGCGGAGUGUGAACUGCCAGGGAAUUGGGCAUAACAUCAACAAUGGUUUCAUUUUUCUGUUUUAAUUUGUUUCUUUACUCCCUUUUCCUUUGUGGUCUUAGAAUGUCAUAAUUUAGAACAUGAGCUUAAAUUGAUUAUUACCAAAAACGUUUUUGUAGCAAAGUGAUUGUGUGCUGAGAUUACUGUUUUUCUAAUAGUCAGAUCAUGGAUAAACUCUCAUUAACCCACCUGGAAGUGAGUGUGUUAUUUUGACUGGUCAAAUGUUGAUCGUGAAGAAAACGGGGGACAUGAGGGGUCAUCUCUCAGUGUGGUAAAAGUGAAAUGAAGUGUUUAAAGUGUGAUUAGUUGUACAUAUUGAAUUAAACUUCUGAUGAAAAUGGAA